UUUAGUCUGAGGCGGGUGGUGGCGGUUGAAGCGCUUUCUGUAAGUGCCGCUGAAGUCCGCUGUAAACCAGUUGCGCGUGCGCCGCAGUUCAGUGCGCACCUCCCGCGGGAGACAUCAUAGGAAACUUCUUGAAUUGUAUGGGUCAACAAAAUGGGAAUUAAGAAAAAAGAAAAAACACCGCCGCCGAGAGACGACAUUAGAAUCUCAUUCAUUCAAAUAUUUCGGUACGCGACAUGCCUGGAGAUCACGGCGACCAUCUUCGGAGUCUUCGUGGGUCUGCUGAGCGGGGGUGGCAUAGUGUACAACCUGGUGCAGUUUGGGGAGCUCAGCACAGCCUUCGUGGAGCGAACGACGUACACACACAAGCUCAGCAGCUCUAUGCCCCUCUCUGCUCUGUUCGGUGGAGGACAGAGACUGGUGAACGCAACCCAUGAGCAAAACAUGGACGCGUUGGUAGCUGAUGGAAAAGCCAUGGCAGCUGGCAUGUUCCUAAGUAUCGCCAUAUCCCUGCUGUUCUGCGUUGUAUCCACCGCCCUCGUGAGCUGGAGCGCACUAAGACAGAUAACAAGGAUACGAACUCUGUUUCUGACGGCUGUGCUCCGACAAGACAUGGAGUGGUUCGACACGGAUUCAGAAUUUAACUUAGCUUCCAAAAUGUCAGAAAAUAUGAUGAAGCUGAAAGAAGGGAUGGGAGAGAAGCUUUCAGUGGUCGCAAACUUGGUGGGGACGUUCAUCAUCUGUCUGUGCACAGCCUUUCCUCUAGGCUGGGAGCUCACGCUGGCCUGCGUGUCUGUGGUUCCCUUCUCCAUCAUCACGUCAGUCAUCCUGUCCAAUUACCAAACCAGUUCCUCGAUAGUUGAAAUGGAAUCAUACAGUCAAGCUGGCAAACAAGCAGAAGAAGUUUUGAAAUCCGUAAGGACAGUUAUUGCUUUUGGAGGGGAAAACAAAGAAAUCGAAAGGUACCAACGUUUACUGGAGCCAGCCGAAAGGUAUGGUCGCAAACGAGGCCUCUACACCGGACUGGGGAAUGGAUUCAACUGGGUCCUGACAUUCUCUCUAAAUGCCAUUGGCCUGGCCUACGGCACCAGGCUAGUGCUACAGGACAUGGACAAACCAAGCGACGAAAGAAAAUACGCUGUCGGUGUGAUUUUCAGUAUAUUGUUCAGCGUUUACAUGGCCACCCAGUCCAUCACAUUCUGCGUGCCCCAUGUGGAAGUGUUCGCGGCUGCCAGAGGCGCUGCAGCUAGUAUUUUCCAAUUGCUGGACAGAGACCCAAAGAUUGACAGCAUGGCGAAAACAGGCGUGUCGCCACGUAGGGUGAUCGGGGAGAUCAAAUUGGAAGAUGUACACUUCUGCUACCCCUCCCGACCUGAUACUAAGGUUCUGAAAGGUCUUUCACUCCACAUCAAACCAGGGGAAUGCGUGGCAUUGGUUGGAUCAUCAGGAUGUGGAAAGUCUACUGUUCUGCAAUUACUGCAACGACUGUACGACCCUAUAACAGGGUCCGUAAAACUCGAUGGAAAAGAUAUAAAAAAUCUUAAUUUGGGUUGGCUACGAUCUUCAUUAGGCGUCGUAGGACAGGAACCAGUUUUGUUCAAAGGCAGUAUUCAUGACAAUAUUUCCAUUGCUUGCCCAGAAGCAACGAGAGAUGAAAUCAUAAGAGUGGCAGAGAUGGCUUAUGCCCACGACUUCAUCGUAAAUCUACCAAAUGGUUAUGAUACUGUAAUCGGUGAAAGAGGCGCUUCAUUAUCUGGCGGUCAGAAGCAGCGAAUUGCAAUUGCGAGGUCUCUAUUGUUGGAACCAGCAGUGUUGCUUUUAGAUGAAGCUACCUCUGCACUGGAUCCUCACUCCGAGAAGCAAGUUCAGGCAGCUCUUGACAGAGCGAGUGCAGGACGCACCACUCUUACCGUUUCUCACAGGCUAUCUACAAUUGUAAAUGCCGACCGAAUUGUUUGUAUGGAUCAAGGUCAAAUAGUAGAACAAGGUACUCACGAAGAGUUAAUGAAACUCAAAGGGUUCUAUCAUAAAUUAGUGACCACCGGAAAAGAAAAUUUGGAGCCAGACGUAAUUGAAACAUUGCCAGAAGAAACUAUAGAUGAAGAAGGAGGUGAUGACGUAAACCUAGCACCCCGAGUUGACGUGAAAAGACGGUCCAACAGGAAAAUUUACAGACACCACUCUACAAAGAGAGAUUCUCAUGACUGGAUGACGCCCCGUGGGUCCAUCAGCUCUGUGAUGUCGACAGGCUUACAGAACUUCGUAUACAAUGCUGAUCUCGAAUCUGAUGAUGACUCUGAAAAGGAAGAGGAAUCGAAACCAAUAAGCGACUGGCAACUGCUCAAACUGAACGCACCUGAGUGGCCACUGAUUGUGGUUGGCUCCAUAGCUGCUUUCCUUCAAGGCACUUGCUUCCCAGUGUUCGCUUGGCUCUUCGGUUAUUCCAGUGGGAUCUUCGUGCUACCUGAUCGCUCUCAAAUCACUUACCUGGCUGACUUGUACUCGGGGAUGUUCAUUGUGGUGGCAGCCAUCGCCGGCUGCACCAUGUGUCUGCAGAGCACCACCUUCACCAACGCAGGCCUGAAGAUGACCUCACGGUUGAGGCAGCAGUACUUUGCAGCGUUGCUGAGACAAGAAAUAGGCUUCUACGAUAAACAAAGCAAUACAGUGGGCGCUCUGUGCGCUCGCUUGAGUGGGGAGACGGCCGAGGUGCAGGGAGCCACAGGGCUGAGGGUCGGGCUCAUCCUGCAGGGCACCAGCUCCGUGGUGGUCGGCUUCAUCAUGGCCAUCUGCUACGACUGGAAGCUGACCCUCGUGGGCACCGCGUUCCUGCCUCUUAUGGUGGGCAGCAUUUGGCUAGAGGGGAUCGUUUCGCAGAAAUCCCAAACCAAUGAGCGCGAGGCGAUGGAGACCGCGACCUCGGUCGCCACCGAAGCCGUCGUCAGCAUAAGAACAGUUCAGAGCUUAGGCAUAGAAACCAGGUUCCUGGAGAAAUUCAAGGAAGCACUGGUGGAGUCCUGCCGCGCCGUCACCGAGAAGACUCGUUGGCGCGGAUUGGUUCUAGGCCUCGGCGUCUAUGUCCCAUUUCUCUCGUACUGCAGUGCGACUGUAUACGGUACCUACCUGGUCGCGAGGGAAGGAUUGGACUACAAGAUUGUGCUUCUGGUAAACGAAGCCCUGAUGUACGGCGCCUACAUGCUGGGCCAGUCGCUGGUAUACGCGCCCAGCUUCAACUCGGCCAAGGCCUGCGGAGCCAGGAUCGUCGCCAUCAUCAACCGACAGCCUAAAGUCAGGACGGAAGACGGGGUCAAAGACAGGCGUGAUUGGGCAGCCACUGGUAGUUUCAGCCUGAAGGAUGUGGAGUUCAGCUACCCUACGCGGCCUAACCAGCAGAUCCUGAAGGGAAUGGACCUGAAGGUGGAGGCUGGCAAGACAGUCGCGCUGGUCGGCUCGUCGGGCUGUGGGAAAUCCACCGUGCUGCAACUCAUACAGAGGUUCUACGAUCCUGACACUGGAAGUAUUGAGUUGGACGGCGUAGACACCCGUAGUUCGCUGACGCUGCCGCGGCUCCGGCGCCAACUGGGAGUGGUUCAGCAGGAGCCGGUGCUGUUCGACCGCACGCUGGCCGAGAACAUCGCCUACGGGGACAACAACCGCAAGAUUACGAUGCACGAGAUCGUGGCCGCUGCAAAGGCAGCCAAUAUACACAGCUUCAUCGUUUCCUUGCCUAAGGGUUACGACACGAACUUGGGCGCGAGCGGCGCCCAGCUGUCGGGCGGCCAGAAGCAGCGCGUGUGCAUCGCCCGCGCGCUCAUCCGCUCGCCGCGCCUGCUGCUGCUCGACGAGGCCACCUCCGCGCUAGACGCUAACAGCGAAAGGGCGGUAACCGAAGCUCUAGAGAAAGCGGCCAAAGGGCGUACUUGUAUAACGAUAGCACAUCGCCUCUCCACAGUAAAGGGUGCAGACCUCAUUUGCGUGGUAGAUAAAGGGAAAAUCAUCGAGCGCGGCACUCAUACGGAGCUGGUGGCGGCUAAAGGAAUGUACUGGCGCAUGUGCAGAGGACAAAACGUCGCUUGAGUUCAUAUCAAAGAUGUGCAUGAAAUCUGUUGUUAGGAGCACUGGACCAGUGGGUGGAAUAAGUGCCGUGACGUCACCGAUCAAAUGGCGCGAAAUAAUGUUAUGUUAUGCGCAACUUUGGGGCUCUGUAACUUCUUUAUUUGUAGAGAUAUUUUCAUGAUUCUUCUAUAUUAUUAUUUAGAUUUACUUAUAUUUUCAAGUUUUAUUAAAAGAAAACAAUUUGAAACUUCUCCACCUUACCAAUCCUUUUUUUAAUGUUCGUUGAAGUCCAAGGAUGGUUCUUACGGCGAGAAGAAUUCGAAUAAUUUCCGGGAAAACCCCGGGCGAAGCCGCGGGCGGAAAUUUAUAUUAUAAUACCACAAAGAGAACAAGAGAUACACCAAAACUGGUGGACCCGUUAUUUUAAUUAUUAGUAAUUUUAAGUCUGAGUUUUGUUUUUAUACUGGUUCUACCUAAAGAUCGCGUGGAAAGUCAUUAAUCAGAUAGAUGUCAAUGACAAUGCGUUCUCUCACUUCUUUUAACGAUAUAAGAGAAGCUAAAUAUAUAAAAGAACAAACGGUAAAAGAGCUGUACUGGAGACCAAUGACUAAACCCCAGGCAUGCACGAUCAGUAUUAUCAUGAAAAUAUUUUCGAUUUUUUAUUUUAGGUAGGUACGGUGCCAUAUCCUAGGUCGUAGUAUUCUAUGUUCAUGGUUUUUAACAACUAACGCCGGACUCUGCCGGUGGACCUCGUGAUCGCUACUGAAUCGUAUUGUAAACCCUUGCCAUAUUAUAGAUAGUAAGGCCAAAAUAUAACCAAAAAUAUCCCCAGUUCAGCUUAGUUUUUAACAUAAGUAGGACUACAUUAAGACUUUAGUACGCGUAUAAUUCAGUCCUAGUUCCUCAAGCAGUAAUGAAAAUGUAGCGUAGCAGUUGUGUACGUAUAAGUUUGCGUUCUAAACUUUAUUAUUAUAAUUUAUGUAAGCUAAUUGUUAAUAAGGUUUAAAACAACUGUAUAUUAUUAAAGUAGGUAAAGUAAAUAAAUAAAUAGUUGUUAUUUGUGGAUUA